AUGGUUGGAUAAAUAGUGGAGUGUUAUAUAAAAGUUAAAAGUAGAUUAGUAUGGAUUAAGAUUAUGUUUAUAAAUGAUAACUAAUUUACAUUCUAACCCAGAUGUAAAGAAUAAAUGCAAAUGUAUGAGAUGGAUAGUAAUACUAAAUAGUAUAGGAAGACUAAGGAAAUUGCUGUUAAAUGUGGAUCAAAUGGUUGUAGUAUAGUUCCAUAAUAAUACUUAAAGUCAAAAUGCCUUUUGGUGAAUAAGAAUGGCAACUAUGUUAAUUUAAUGAGGAACUAAGAAAAUGAUGAUUUUAUUAUUGAAUAAUCCAUUGAAUUUGGACAUUAAUCUAUUUAUGGAUAAUUAAGUUAAGAUGGAGAAUAUUUAAUCACUUGGGAUUGCGGUUCUAAAGAAAUUCAAUAAGAAAGUGUAAGGAGAAAUGAAAAAAAGAAUGAAAUAUUAUUAAAUUAAGAAUCAAAUCAAGAUAGGAAGAUGGGAUAUAAUAAGUUUAAAAUAUCUAAACAAGUUAAGGUAAUCAUUUUAAGUCAUAUAUUAUGGUUAGAAUGGAAAUGAGAUUUAUAGGAAUCAAGAGUAUAAAGCAGUUUUUAAUUUUUAGUGAGUUCAUUCUACACGUAGGAACAUUCAAUCAAAAUAAAAAGUUGGUAGAUGGGAUACUUUUUGCAAAAUUGAA